AGUUCUACUCAGGGCCAGCAUCCGCUGGACAUCAGCCGUGUCCGCCUCGCUUGAGCGAUGGCAGCGUGGCUUCGCUUGAGCGCCUGGCUCGCCGUGUGCAGGGCGCUGGCCCUGGCGGGAUUGCCGCCGUCGUGUCAGUCGGGGAAGUGUACGGCCAAGGACCUUGUGUUGUUGCAGCAUGGCAGAGGUGCCCUCGCCAAAGGAGUCGCGCGCCAUGAAUCGGCAGAGGUCCCUCCAGUCGCAGUGACGUCGGAGCUGCCGCGCAUGGCCCAGGAGGUUGUGCUGGGAGGUCCGGAAGCGAUCUUCUUCGACGCGAUCAUCCGCGACUUCAAGGAGACCCACAGGGACUUUCAGAGCUUCGAUGGCCACAGUGCCGGCUUGGUAGAGCCGAUCUUGGGUCCGGACAAGAAGCCGGUUUACAAGGGAGGUCUUCAGCUCUCCACCAAGGAGAACUUCGACAUGUGGUUCAACGACGUCCCGGGCGUGAACAAGCGCAUCGAGUUUAAGAUGGAUUUCGUGAAGUCUCCGAAGGGCACCUAUGUGCAUGACGACAAGUCCUUCUUCCCCAUCGACGGGAAGGGCUGGAACGACACCGCGGUAGGUUUGGACAACCUCUCCCACAACUUCUACUUCACCCUGGAAAUGCACGCCUCCUUCGUCUACAUCCCCGGGUUGUCUUUCACCUUCCGGGGCGACGAUGAUGUCUGGGUCUUCAUGAACGACCGCUUGGUCAUCGACUUGGGGGGUGUCCACAACCCCAUGGAGAAGAGCUUCAUGAUUGACGACCUCAACUUGACGGAAGGGGAGGCGGUGGACCUGAGCUUCUUCUUCGCGGAGCGGCGCUGCUGCGGCUCGGAGUUCCGCAUGGAGACCUCCAUCGAACCGGUGAGGUCCACCUGCACCAUCUGGGGCGAUCCGCACAUCGACCCCUUCGACAACGGCAUCUUCGGGCAAGAGAAGGUGGCGUCGCUCGCCAUGUUGCAAAGCGGGGACUACUGGCUGGUGAAGAACGAAAAGAUCCAGAUCCAAGGCCGCUAUGGGACCACCAUCUUCACCCCGAGCAACCAAUCCGCGCUGCUGGCUUUGGCGCUGGGAGGGCCCUGGCUCAACAACAACACGCUGAUCAUCGAACCGGUGGACGGGAAGAUCACGUGGAACGGCGAGGAGAUCCUGCAAGGCUUCCCCUCGACCUUUGUCCAGCCCAUGGUGAACUUGAGAUACAUGCCGGGGGAGGAGCACAUCGACGGCGUGCUGAAGGGCUACCCCGUGAAGCUUCUCCAGGCCUACUUCGUGCGCAACGUGGGGCUCACGGUGAACCGCUGGCCGAAGCACAUCGAUGCCAUCAUCCGCAUGCCGCAGCAGCUCGGAGGCCAAGACGGGCACUGCGGCAACUUCAACUUCGACAUGAGUGACGACACCCAGGAGCAGAUUUUGAGCCGUGUCAGCAUGGUGAGCGACAGCGAGUCCAUCUUCCCUGAGGAGAAGAAGGUGGACUUCAUCCCCGAACCCCCCGUAACGUUGGAGGACUGCGAUGCCGAGACCAAGGAGAAAGGCCUUGUCAAGUGCAAAGAAGCAUUGGCGGAGGAAGGGCAAGAGGAGGACAAGAUGAAGCUGGAUGCUUGCGUGUUCGACUUCUGCUUUGGUGGAGAGGAGUUUGUGGCAGAAGGAGUAAUUGUGGGGAAUGAGGCAGAUAAUGCAGACUGAAUAGACGAUAGCCUGAAACCGGGCGGUCGUGUGAAUUCGUGUUGCAUGCAUUCCACGAGACGCCUGCUUGCCAUGAGUGGUGCUAGGCAUUUUCUCAUCCUUUCCGGCGAAUGCCACACGAUUCAAUGCAGACGUCAGCGUGGCUCUGCGGCUUUUGAUUAGGCGAUGCGAGCAGAUUCCCGUUUUUCCAUGGAGGGCUGACGCCCGUGUGGUGACCCCCCGGUCUUCAUGGGGCAGGAUUGCCAAAACGCAACCGGGCAACCUUUGGGGUGCCUGGGCGGCCGGGAACAACACGUCCGCCUACAGAUCAUAUGGUUGUCAAGGAUACGCCGAAUGCCCAAACGCCGAGCAGAUUUUGCUUCCCUCGAGCCAAAGGGCCCUUCACAAGUCACAAAUAGGCCCAGACUGGCUCUGGAGGGGCAGGCCCUGACA